AUGGAGAACAUCACAGAAGUGACUGAUUUUGUACUGAAAGGCUUCACAGACAACCCUGAUCUGAAGAUCUUAUUCUUCUUCCUGUUUCUAGUGAUUUAUCUUUUCACUAUCUUGGGAAAUUUAGGACUGAUUGUAUUGGUCACUGGGGAUUCCAGGCUGCACAACCCCAUGUACUAUUUUCUUAGUGUGCUGUCUUCAGUAGAUGCUUUUUAUUCCUCUGUUAUCACUCCCCAAAUGUUAGUAGAUUUUAUGUCAAAGGAAAAAGCCAUUUCAUUCCUGGCAUGUGCAGCACAGAUGUUUCUUGCUGUUACUUUUGGAACCACCGAAUGCUUUCUGUUGGCAGCAAUGGCUUAUGACCGCUAUGUAGCCAUUCACAGCCCACUUCUGUAUGCAGUGAGUAUGUCGCCCAGAGUCUACGUGCCACUCAUCAUCGCUUCCUAUGCUGGAGGAGUUCUCCAUGCGAUUAUCCACACAGUGGCCACUUUCAGUCUGUCCUUCUGUGGAUCCAAUGAAAUCAGUCAUAUAUUCUGUGACAUUCCUCCUCUCUUGGCAAUUUCUUGUUCUGACACCCACAUAAACCAGCUUCUCCUCUUCUUUUGUGCUGGGUCUAUUGAGAUAGUCACCAUCCUGACAGUCAUAAUUUCCUAUGGUUUCAUUUUAUGUGCUAUUCUGAGGAUACGCUCUGCUGAAGGCAAACAGAAAGUCUUCUCCACCUGUGGCUCUCACCUAACUGGUGUGUCCAUUUUUCAUGGCACAGUUCUUUUCACGUAUGUGAGGCCAAGUUCAACAUAUGCCUUGGAACAUAACAUGAUAGUGUCGAUAUUUUAUAGCAUUGUGAUUCCCUUGUUGAAUCCUCUCAUCUACAGUUUGAGGAACAAUGAUGUGAAACAAGCAAUGAAAAAAGUGUUUGGAAAAGCACUGAUUCAUGAAUAA